AAUUUUGGUAUGCCUUUCUAGUUUCUACCUCAUGUAUCAUCAGGAAUCAAUGAAUCCACCAAUCGCCGUACAACAUUUUAAGUUAAUCGCUACGGCGGUGCGAAAAGAACGAUGGUAAUCCCGAACAAACCGCUCCCUGAUUCCCAAUCGGACCAGGACAACCCAAGUAUAAACCUCCUCGCUCCUCUCAACCCCCACCACUCCUCCGCCAUCACCACCGCCGACACCAUGGAUCAACAACCUCACACGCCAAGAUCCUACUGGCGAUUCAGCAAACAAGACUUCUAUCCCGAACCGUCUUUCCAAAAUCUCUCAGCCUACAAGGCCGCCUUCUCCGAAACCCUCCACCGCCUCCGUGACCGCUGCCUCGGUCGAUCCACCGAUGAAACUGAACUCAUUGAGCUCAAGAAACAAAGCGAAAACGAGAUGCGAAAGUGUCUCACUUGGGUUGAUCUAAUUUGGCUUGGAUUUGGAUCCGUUGUAGGCUCCGGUAUCUUCACCAUCACCGGCCUUGAAGCCCGAGACGACGCCGGACCUUCAAUCGUCUUAUCUUACGCUCUUUCCGGCUUAUCCGCCCUUUUCUCUGUUUUUUGCUAUACAGAGUUCGCCGUUGAAAUUCCCAUCGCCGGUGGUUCAUUCUCGUUUCUCCGCGUCGAAUUAGGCGAUUUCAUCGCCUUCAUUGCCGCCGGUAACAUUCUACUGGAAGCUGUCGCCGGUGCAGCUGGAUUAGCUCGAUCAUUCUCAUCAUACUUCGCAAGUAUGUUCAGUUCUAACCCUGAUAUUCUUCGAAUUCGAAUCGAUUCAUUUGCAGAAGGUUUCAAUUUACUAGACCCAAUUGCUGUUAUAAUCUUAUUCAUCGCAAACAUGGUAGCAAUGAGAGGAACCAAAUUGACAUCAUCUUCAAACAUGAUUCUUUCCAUGAUUAGUUCCUUAAUCAUAGUGUUCAUAAUCAUUGUCGGGUUUACUCACGCCAAAUCUUCCAAUCUAACACCCUUCUUCCCAUACGGACCUGAAGGAGUGUUCAGAGCUGCAGCUGUUGUUUACUGGUCUUACACUGGUUUCGACAUGGUAGCUAACAUGGCUGAAGAAACAAGAAAACCUGCAACAGACAUACCUCUAGGUUUAGUAGGAUCAAUGUCUAUGAUCAGUGUCGUGUAUUGUCUAAUGGCAUUAGCUCUAACAAUGAUGGUGAACUACACAGAGAUCGAUAGAGACGCAGCUUAUUCAGUUGCGUUUGAGAAAAUCGGGAUGAAAUGGGCUAAAUAUAUAGUGAGUAUAUGUGCUUUAAAAGGUAUGCUUACAAGUAUGCUAAUCGGGUCAAUGGGUCAAGCCCGUUACACAACUCAAAUAGCCCGGGCCCAUAUGAUCCCACCAUGGUUUGCUUUAGUCCACCCGAAAACCGGGACCCCGGUUUACGCGACACUAUUAGUGACCACAAUUAGUUGCAUUGUGUCUCUCUUUUCAAGCUUGGAUGUGUUGUCGAGUGUGUUAUCUUUUAGCACUUUGUUUAUCUUCAUGCUCAUGGCUGUUGCAUUGCUUGUGAGAAGAUAUUAUGUGAAGGAGACGUGUUCUUCGAGUGAUUUGAUAAAGUUUAUGGUUUGUUUGUUUGUGGUGAUUGGUUCUUCGAUUGGAAUAACGGUGCUUUGGGCGGCGAAUCGGAAAGGGUGGGUGGGGUAUGCGGUGGGUGGGGGGUUGUGGGUGGCGGGGACGGGCGGAAUGAUGGUGGUUGGAGAGCGGCGGGUGCCGAAGGUUUGGGGGGUGCCGCUAGUUCCGUGGUUGCCAUCGAUGUCGAUUUUGAUGAAUGUGUUUUUGAUUGGGUCUUUGGGUGGAAUUGCGUUUAAGAGGUUUUUUAUAUGUAGUGGUGUGAUGUUGGUUUAUUAUUUUUUUGUUGGGGUUCAUGCUACUUAUGAUUUGGCUCAUCAAGAUUCUCAAGAAUCGAUGGUUGAAAAAGGAAAGGAUGAUGCUACUAAAGAGGGUUUGUAA